UCCUUUGCUGCAGAGGCGCCUCCUUGGGUACACAACUAAUGAAGCAAACUAUAAACUCUUCACUUCCAGAACAACUAUAUAUUUAGAAUACGAAGGAACUUCAUUUGUUGAAUGGGAAUUUCCUGACGUGUGUACUGUUAAAAAUAAAAGUUCACCAACAACAGCACUGAAUUGUCCGACUCCUGGGACUUACAGAAUUAAACCAAAAGUAAAGGUUGAGACGUUUGAGGAUAAAGAACGGUAUUUGCCUGCUUCUGACCAUUCUCAUUGUUUCAUGUGGUAUAUAACAACAGCUCCACAAGCAAGCAGAACAGAUCCACUCUCAGUAAAUGAAAGCCAGGAGUUAAUUUUAUGGGUAUACGAUCCUGAAAAUGCAGAUGCUUCUGAACUGAGCCACACUGCAAUUCUUCCUUCACAAAGUUCUCAGGAACUCAGCAAGCUGUUCUGGAAUUUGGGACAGGAUCCUGUUGUUCAUACCUAUUUAAAAAAAGACAAGUACUAUCCUCAGGAGUAUCUAGACUUCGGAUUAUGGACAGUCAAUGUACCUGCAGUACCAGAAGACAUCAUAAUAAAUAUACAUGGAAAGGCAAUAGCAUUUCAGGAAUGCUUUGUUCUAGAUACUCCCUUUGUAAUUCCAAGGCCUAAACAAUCAUUUCCUAGCAAGAAAAAUGCCAUCUCGCUCUGUUCCUCCAGUAAUAGAGACAUCUCCAUUACAUGGUCUGCAUGUUUUCCAACAACAGCUGUUUUAUUAUCAAAUUUUGGAACUUUCUAUACAAAUGAUGGAUUCAAAACUUACGGAGAAAUCAAAGUUCCUUCAGAUGCUUUGACCCAAGACCUAAAUAAUCAUGUAACUGAUGUGGCUCUAACCGUUAAUGGAAUCUUAUUUUUAAUAAAUGGAAGUAUUUAUAAAAGAGAAUCUGCUAUUUUUUUUAAACUUGGGGCAGAACACAAGCUUCCUGAAACAGAAAUAACUGGAAUACAUUCAAGAUACUGGUGUUCAUCUAUCUAUCCACUGCAAAAUGGAAAACAAAUAAGCACUUUGGCAGCGUGGACAUCUCGUGAGCUGUAUCUUGCAUAUAAUGAAAUAUUUAAUAAAAUAGCAGAUACAACAAACUUAGCGAAGUCCUUACAUUUUCCAGACAAAGCUUCUUUAUCUAUAGAGACUGUUAGCUAUGACUCAAUCCCAUCUGAAAUUUCAGUGUUGCUGAUCUGCAAUGGCUGCAGCUCCUCCAGACUGUUUUAUCUGGCGUUUUAUAGUGAAGACAGACAAUUUUGGGGCUUAAGAGAGUUUUACUUACCUGCUCCUCACAGUUCUGGUAUGAGGAUGAUAUAUUUGAAUUCAGCAUUAUCAUCUGGUCUGCUGUGGGACAGUGGGAGCGUUUACUACACCUAUAGAAACAACACAACUAAUGGAUUAUUUCAAGUAUCUGGAUCAAAUCUGUCACUAUCAGAAAUGUCUAAUGGGAGCACUAUUCACCAGAUUAUUCUUGACUACUUUGGAAAUAUUUUGAUAAAAAUGAAAAACAACAUCUUCUUUUCUACAAAAACUGACUUGAGAGAAUUAAUUCGGCUUCCUGUAUGGAUAAAUAGAAAUAAAAAGAUGGUCCUUUAUUUGAAUCCAUCUGCCAGUGUAUACAUAUUAUUAAUUGAUGGUUCUAGAAUAUACCGCCAGACCUAUCCUUUGGAAAUUGAAGUACUUAGCUCUACAAUUAGCUCUGAAAUUUCUUGCUCAAUUAUAGCUUUUCAACACAACAUGGAUUUCAAUGUCUACUAUCUGGACAUGGGAGAUCAACUGACGUUUUGGUCUCAGAUAGUUUUUGAGGAAAAUGUGGAUUUCACACAAGUUCCAAGAUCAAUGGAGGAUGCUGCAGAUUAUGAGACAAACUUCAACAUCUGCAAAUCACCGAACAGUUCCAGCAUAUAUGUUUCUAGCCUGCAAAACAGCUCCAUGAAGGCAAUGGCUUUCUGCAACAACCAUCCUCAGCAUCACCUCUUGAUAGACAUCUUUGCAAGUGGCUGA